UAUCAGCACAUUGUUAAGACACAUGAUUGAUUGCCUGAAUGUAAAAACUAACUAUUAAUAAUUGUGACCGUGCAGAAGGGCCUUUUUGCCUUUCCUUUGAUACUUGACGCUCCGCUUUUUAUGACUAUUUGCUAACUUCCUGUGUUUUGAAGGUUAAGUAACUAGAUUGCACUAAAACCAAAUCUUUGUAGAUCCACACACACACACACACACACACACACACACACACACUGCUUAGUCUUCCCCUUUCUCAUAAAAAUAGGUGAUACAUUUCUUGCGAGUCACCUACAACAAGGACUAAAAUGCACGUGUUGUGGGUAUCGUUGAUGAUCAAAAUACUAAAAUAAUGACUAGUUUUGAGCCUUCCUCUUUCUUGCUUUAAGUGCAAAAGGUAUAAAUAAAUAUCAGUACUUAAGUUGAAUAAGUUCAAGAACUGUACUAAAAAAAUAAAAGUAAAAGUACAACACCUAACAAAUGUAUACAAUAUGAUAAAUUAUCAAAAAAGUUAGUCGCUAUAUAAUUAUUUUUUUGUUUUAUAGCAGAGAUAUGUGUAUAUUGUAUAUUUUUAAGUCUCUGGACUGGAUUCAUGUGGCCUCAUUAGAGUAUUACAGAAACAUUUCAAUAGCAGCCCACAGAAGACAAGUACAUGUGUGGAAAAAAAAAAAGAAUCCUUAAGUAAAUCCUACACUGAACUAAGUCAGACAGUCUGAGAAUAAUAGAUUCAUCAGAUAUCAUCUGUUGACACUAUGCCUCAGGGGCAAAGAGCCAAUGUGUGGGGGCUCAUCUGGGUUGUACUGAUAAUAGAUAACCAGUGCCAGUCAUUGCUUUCAGACAAAUUACACUCUGUUUGAAACCACUGCAAUGCCUUCAUUUUAGGUAUUUGCUUGACCAAUGCGAUGCAGUGUCCGCUUUCUAGCUGUCAGAAUCCCUUUCCUAUUGAUGGUAUUUACCUGCAGGUUACCUGUAGACAAGUGCACGACAUGCAGAUAGCUUAAACAUUUAUCUUUCAAACCAAUUCAUGCUUUUGUCAGAUAUUAUUUGCUCUGUAAGGGCUUCAUGUUACUCUUAUAACCUUGAGGUUUGUACAGUAUAGAGCAAUCAUUGUUCUUGAGUCACAGCAAAAAAACACAUUCAUGAAACCAUGCAGGAAAUACUAAAAAUGCCUCUACCAGAUCUUUAAGAUCAUUACUAAACGAAGAAAUAAAACUACGAUAAUCUGACGAGGAGAGAAAUAAUCACCACGCUCGUUAUUUGUGGAACGUUCGUCGCAGCAACACGUGCCACUUGUGACUCAUUGAACACGGACUGCACUUUGAAAUCUAAUAUGAAAGAAAUUGUUUUGAUGGACCAUCAUCUGGAGGCACAUUGGGAUACUAUUGCAUCUCUUUACCAAAGGUUUAAGGAACCAUGUCACUUAUGUCUGAUUUCCUUUACAAGUCUUUGCCAAGAUGCCUCAGAAGGAACCAUGCCAGUCCAUCAUGUGUGUGGAUUGUUUAUGCUCUUCAGUCUGAUUUCCUUUACACCACUGUGUGAUGGAGGAAACAUUUUGGUCUUCCCUGUGGAUGGCAGCCACUGGGUUAAUAUGAUGUACCUGCUAGAGGAACUUCAUGCCAGGGGCCACAGCCUCACUGUGAUCAGAUACUCAGACAGCCAAUACAUUGAAGAAAAAUCCUCUCUCUACACGUCCAUAACAAUUGAACUGACAGAAAAUUUGAUUCCUUUAUUUAGUAAGCACAUGGAGGAGGAUUUUAAGGCAGAGAGGGAAGGGACCUCAUCACUGUCUUUCUUCAAAAAAACCAAAGAUUUUCUUUCAUUUAUCACUCUGGCUCAUUCAGUGUGGAAAAGUGCCUUAGUUCAAAUAUUUGAGGAUAAAAAUAUGGUCAAAAGCUUAAUAGAUGCCCAGUAUGAUGUGGUUCUCACUGAUCCGGCAAUAGGAUCAGGAGUUCUGUUAGCCAAAUAUUUCAAACUGCCCUUGGUGCUCAAUGUGCGUUGGAUCACCAGUGGGGAAGGACACUUUGUGUUGGCCCCCUCGCCACUCUCUUAUAUCCCAGUGCCGGGAUCCGGCUUAACAGACAAAAUGGAUUUCAUACAAAGGGUCAAGAACAUUCUUUUCUACAGCAUUAUAUUGUUCCAGGAGAAAUUCCUGGUGGGGCCAAUCUACGAUGCCAUCUGUGAUAAAUACAUUGAGGGCGGAUGUGACAUCAUCUCACUUCUUCAGGAAGCAGAUAUUUGGUUGUUUAGGUCCGAUUUUGUGUUUGACUUCCCUCGGCCCACAAUGCCAAAUGUUGUGUACAUUGGAGGAUUCCAGUGCAAAUCAGCCCAGCAUCUGCCCGCAGACCUUGAGGAGUUUGUUCAGAGCGCUGGGGAACAUGGAGUGAUCAUCAUGACUCUGGGAACUUGGAUUAAUAAUUUGUCAGAAGAGGUUACAGAAGAAAUUGCCAGUGUCUUUGCCAAGCUGCCUCAGAAGGUGAUUUGGAAACACAAAGGGAAGCGUCCCUCUACGUUGGGCAACAAUACUCUGAUAGUAGACUGGAUGCCUCAGAAGGAUCUCCUUGGUCACCCACAGACCAAAGUCUUCGUAGCUCACGGAGGAACCAAUGGAGUCCAGGAGGCUAUUUACCACGGGGUCCCUGUGCUCGGCAUACCCUUGUUCUUCGACCAGUAUGACAAUCUUCUACGUUUGCAGGAGAGAGGAGCUGGAAAAAUCCUCCAACUGGCUGAUGUUAAUGGCCACAACUUUCAGGAAGGUCUUAUGGAACUUCUCCAUCAAGACAGCUACAGGCAGAACAUGCAAAGGCUGUCACGUUUGCACAGAGAUCAGCCAAUGACACCCAUGGAUCAGGCCGUAUUCUGGGUAGAGUAUGUGAUGCGCCAUAAAGGGGCUGCUCACCUGCGUACAGAGGCUUAUAAGAUGCCCUGGUACUCAUACUACAGCCUGGAUGUAUUGUUGGUACUGCUGACUGCAGUAACUGUGCUGCUCCUCUCUGUGUUGGCUAUUUUCAGGUUUUUAUGCUGUAGAAGCAAAAAAAAGACAAAAAGCAAACAACAAUGAACAAUACACUUUGAGAAGACAACAAAUAGAUGUAUUAAAGUACUAUGCAUGUUAUAUAUCUUUGGUAAUAGUGUCGUGUAGUUGUCAGAGUUCUGUGCUUUCAUGUGAACUCAUUGAACCUGAUGAUGUUACCCAUUUCAUUACAUCAUUCUCAUGCACUGAAACUUAAUGUCCCUUUCUAUAAAAUCAGUACAGACAAUCAACAUAUCUUAUGAAUUAUGUAACAAAUACACAUCAUUUUAUUUUUGAUUGAAACAAUGGUCAAUAAAUCUUUACUGAAAGCGAACUUUGUCUUUGUUUUCUCAUUCUGGCAAUAUACUGACAAUAUUGUGCAGACUUCAUUGUCUAUGGAAAUGUUCUUGACCCCCUUAUGUCUGUGUUCACAGACAUCUCAGAAGGACAACAGCAAAAACCUGCAGUUUUCAGUUUACACUGGAUUCAUUCAGUCACAAUAGUUUGACAGCAGUACAGUACACAGUCAGGUACAGUUGUG